AUGCUCUACUUCGGACUGCCUGUCGAGCCCAUUUUGUCUGAGCUGACGCGCUUUUCGAAGCCGGAUUUUGAUGUGGACGACUGGGAUGAACUCUGCACUGCCGAGGUCCGCCCUCCGCUGCACUUCCUGACAGCCUAUGACCAGAGAAAUUUUGGAUACGACUACAUGAGAGCUUCUCAAAUGCCAGACGCCACUGGUGAAGGACUAAGCCUUCGAGGAGGGGGCGACGAUGACGAUGCCUUGAUGGCAGAUGUGGACUAUCCGCCAGAUAAUGGUGAAGAAGACAGCCUUGGUCCAUCACAGACUGCCAUGGUUAUGGAUAACGAAGACGGCAAUUCAUUGGGUGACGGCUCCAGCAGUGAGAUCGUGACGAUGCCUGUGACGGGUAUAUUAAAUAAAGUCAUCUCCGGAAGAGGGACUGCCACGCCUGACUCGAGGCGACGUCAAAACCAGUCGGCGAUAACCUCUAAAAUCGGGCACCCAUCACCAGAAUCGGACAAAGUACAUGGCUGGGUUCCUCUGUUUGGAUUCCAAGGCAGGAUCAUGUUUGAUACGGACGACAUGUCCACGUUUCAGGAGGCUGCGAGAAAGCUCUUGUCCCUGCGCCAACGGGAGCAAAGCGACAUCGUACUCGUUGAAUUUGAUUUCAAGACGGCAAAAGUCCUGCGGCGAUUCGAUGACAACAUUCCGCUCAACCCUGUUAGUGAUCUUGCGGAACACCUGGGACAGGCAACCAAGUCCGCAUCCAGCUCGGCCUGGUUCGUGCUUCGGAGAGGGGAAGAUAUUCCCUCCGAAUGGGAGCCUCCAGAGUCCUUCUUCUUGACCACGCUCAUCAAGUUGACUCAUGUUGACGACGACGGGCGAGAAAACCUCUCGUAUCUCAAAGUGCCCGAUGGCAAAAGUUUCUUUGGCCCCAAGCAAAAGGGCUACAUCUACCCUGCCAAUAAACCCUGGGGUUCCAAUCAAUACAUGCCCUUUAUAACGACGGCACAAGAAGUGCUGGUGGGAAGACCGGAUCAGCCAGGAGGAAGCCACUGUGAUCUUGUCAUUUCACGUGAUGAUGAAGAUCCAGAGGGAUCAUCACCACCGUGGUAUGGUGGUCUGGAAAUACACCGCGAACUUUGGGAUAGCAUGCAUCCUCUGAUCAGCAAGGGUCAAGCGUUCAGAGUUAAAACUCGCCCCGUGGCAAACGAUACCGUUGUGUUCUACCUGCCGGGAAACUCGAACAACGCCAGAACUCUCAAGAACCGAGAGUGCCUUCGGCGAACAGGCUCUGGAGACCCCUAUCCCGACGCCCUGCACAAGGUUGGCCUAAUGACGAAAAGCGUCAGAAUGCCCAUGAAAGCCUCUCACUACCUGAUUUGGCGCGGGGUCGACUAUUUCAACCAAUUAAUCAGUCGCCCCGUUGGAGCCUACAGUCCAGUUCGAUGGAAUUAUCGGGACAAAACUUCUUCGGAACAAGCCCAGAAGGCGCUAUCAAAGCUCAUUGCCCGUUCUGUCGACGACAAGAAUGAGCCCUGUCAGUUCUUCGUGAUCCAGCCAAUGGAUGGGGCUGAAGAUCCAUGCACGAUCGAGGCGGUUGAAGGACUAACAGGUCAGGCAGAGUUCAGUAUGGAGCCUCUUACUAUGAAAGCGUUGAAAACCACGAUGGAAAUGCUCUAUGCCGGAGACGAAGAGAUCACUUACGACGCUGAAAAGGACAGCGUUGUCAUGGAGCCUCUUUUCGACGAAGAAACAAUUGGAAGAAGUUGGAGCCCGGCCAGCUUCGUUCUUCGGCCGGACGCCACCGACUCCGAGGCAUCCAUGGCCCGGCGCUUCAUCCUGAAUCAGAUGGUGCGAGCAGACGUCUUGCAAGAUGACGAGUUGGACUUUGUCAAAACACUGGCUAAAGCAGCGGAGGCAAAUAAUCACUGGGGUCCUCGGUAUGGCGAAGUGGCACCCUUUCGAAAGGAGUUGUCCCUGCCAGCAAUCGUUCUCCCUGGCAAGCUCCAUCCCGUGGUUUUCCAUGAACCGAAGACGUCGCCUCCUGCUCCUCGGAAAUCAGCUCAUCCUAUGCCGAGGGAGCCUGACCAGACACCCCGUGAAAGAAGCUAUGUGCGGCAGCCAAGCAUCUUUGACAUGGGUGUCUGGAACCCCUCCUUUCCGAUCAACGCGCCGCCCGUGGAGGCCAUUCUGAGGACUGGGGCAGGCCGAGUCCCUAUGGUCACCAAGAACGUCCUAACGCCCAGUGAGCAGCGGGAACUACAGGAUAAAGUCUGGAGUCUCUCCAAAGUAAACCUGGCUCGGCUAGCCGCGUGUCCGUACCAGAAAUGCCGGUUCACAUAUCGCCAAGAUGAGGACGAGACGCUUCUGGUGCAUUUGGAGAAGACUCAUGCCGAAGAGAAAUGCCCGUGGUGUGAUAUCCAGCUCUUCAAACACUGGUCCUACAAGCAGAAGGAAGAACACUACAGAAACUCCCAUGCAGACCAGCUGCGAAAGGUGCUUCAGCUUCCUGAGAGACCCAAAUCGCAUCCGCCUCAAAACCAAACGACCAGCCUCGAAAAGCUACGCAAUAGCCCUUCGGAGGCCAUUACAUCUCUUUCAACCUUUAGAAUAACCGACCAAGCCAGACCUCCAGUUGGCCCGUUGCCUCAGCCAGAACAGCCAGCGAAAGCCAGCGACAGGGAGAAAGUCUAUCGAUACUGUGAUCGUUGCGGUCGUGACCACAAAGAACUCAAGAGCUAUGAGGACCGAAAGCAUCAUGAUCGUCUUUGUGUCCCCCUGGCUGAGGGAGCCGGGCGAUGUACAUUCUGUAAACUUUGCGGAGAUCGUGAGUGGAAGACUGAGAAAGAUGCCACAGAUUUUGGACCUUUCGACACUUAUCCUCAUAAGUGCCACGGUACUCUCCACGAAAAUAAGCCGCAUUGCACUAAGUGCGGAUUCUCGAUGAAGAAACUCUCCGACGAGAAAGUCGACAGACAUCGCAAGUUCUGUGGGGGCUUCUAUGGUACCCUGGGUUGUUUCUGUCCGUACUGCCAGAAAUCCUUUGUAAGCGAUGGAACCCAGAAGCCUAUUGAUGAAAUCAAAAAUCACAUCACGGCUUGCCCUCAAGAAGAGGGCAUCAAGCCAACGCCGUGGGACAUCUAUUCAGAGGUCUUUUGGAAAGAUACUGACAAGUCAAUCGACCCUCUCUUCGUGGGGGCCGCGGAGACCUCCGCGGCCUUGUGCAAACAACAACGUCGUCCUCGCGCUUCUAGUCGCUAUCUCAGUCUCCCUCUCAUGUGGCAUGAUAAGCCGGGACCAAUUCCUACGUCAGACCCGCCUUCUGAGUGUCCUGCCGCCGGGUGUCGAGAACCUCUUUUCGGCCUGAUGCCAUCCGAGGUUCUAGGACACUUUGAGAAGAAACAUUUUGAGGAGCCCCUGAAACAGUGUCCGCUCUGCCACCUGUCGUUCAAGAGGCCCAAGGAAGAUCGCGAGAAGCAACCGGAGCUCGGGGAGUGGGAGGACAGAAAAGACCAGGUCUCCCACAUGGAGUGUCACGUCUAUCAGCUUUGGGACAUUUUGACUGGCAGUACUCGGCCUCCUGCGAUGGUCAAUCAGGAACCCUUCAACCCGGGUCACAGUCUCUGGGAUCCCGAGAAUGAGAGCGCAUUGGAUCGGCGUGACAAGCGCUGUCCGCACUUUGACCAGUGUGGCGCCAUGGUGGGCUUCAUGAACCAACUCCAGUGGAACGAGCAUUUGAAGAAGGCCCACGCUAUCGAGCCCCUUGAGGCACAGAUUGUCCGAGACAUGGACGCUGAAAUCGCGGCUGCUCGCGAAGAAAGGAGGCAGCAGAGAAUUCGCGAGGGAAAGAAUCCAAUUCCAGGUCUGCCGGCGCCCAAAAAUAUACAAGACAGCGGAUCGGGGCCAGAUGUGACAGGAGAGACGCAGACAGGAACAGGUCCCAGUGUUCAGCUCAGUGAAGAUGACGAGGAUGAGCCAGAGUCCCAAGACGUUCGGCAAGACGUACUCGGCCCCAAGGAUAGUACAGCGAGAGGACCAAAACCCAAGAGUAAAGUUCACGAAGGCCAUCGAGGCAGCCGUCCUCACGGGCCUGGGCCGAUUCUUUCACCCCCGCCUACGGGUUCCAAACCGCACACAGCCACCGCUUUGGGGAAAAGACCUCGCCAAGGAGAAAAGCAGCCAAAGAGUCCGAAGGGCUCGAUAAAGAACCCUCCUAAAGAUUCUGAAAAAGUGACUACGGACCCCAACAGUGUCAAGGGAACGCCACAGACAGGUGGCAAUCCGCCCACGGCUAAGUUUGUGCCGGCUGAUGACAUGUACUGUUCACGGUGCUUGCGUCCGAUUCCCAAGAGUAACACGAAUGACGAACCUUCGAAACAAGUGCAGAUAGACACUAGCGACAGGGAACUGGUACCGGAGAGCGGAGAUGAUGGAGCUGGUACCUUUGGUGGAUCAUCCGGUGCGAAGCGGAAGCGCGGGACUGGGGAGUCAUCAGGACAGGGUAACAAGGGGGGCAAGGAUAAGACACAGGAGAGGCAUCCUAAGAAGGCCAAGGUGGACGCGAGUUCUCAGGGCGAUGACAGGGUGUCGACUUACCCACGAUUCGUCUAUAUCUCAACAAGCCUGGAUCGUCGGUUCGUCGCCAAUGAUCCGGGAUACAUAACAAGCGAGGUUCAUUUAAAGUUGCGGGGGUGGCUCAGGAUGGAGGUUGAGACGUAUCCAGGCCGGCCCGCGACGGUGUUCGGGGUCCACGUGGGCGGUUUCGCGGCUUUCAUCGCCAAAAGGCCAUCGAGGCGCAAUCACGCCAUCGCCCCGGUCAGUCACCUCAUCGUCCAAGCUCCACACCAGAGCCGCGCUCUCGACGUCGUCCACCACCAAACGAAGCCCAUCCCGCCCAAUCUAGCCAUUCACCUCGAUCCAAAUCCAAUGCAAGCGCCGCGGCGUCUAUUUAGCGAGCUCUUACAGCUCUCGACCAGGCGGCCCGUCCCUCCUCGUCCGACUCUUGGAGCAUGGCGGCCGAGCUACAUCCCUGAUCUUCCUCCUCCUCCUCCAGGAUGUCGUCCUCUACACGCCUCUGCCCGCUCGAGACACCCCCGACCGACAUCCGCCUCCUCGACGCCUUUGGCCGGUGGACAGGAAUAUAUCCAGAAACACCAGACUACUGGUACCCGGCAGGGAGAGCGCGGGGAUGAACGUGAGCCCCAGCACCCACGCCGUCGUAAAGGUCCGGCCACCGUCAGUACAUUGCUUGCUAGCGGCGGGCUCUUGUCUCUCUUUGUCGGCCUCUCGGAGCCCUUCCAUGUGCCCACUCAGGACGAAGUAGAUGUCUCCGACCCGGACCCGUCCACCGACGACCGCGACCCGUCUAUCCCUCGCUUCAGGCUCUCCGAAAUCCGAAAACAUGAUGCCAAAUCCGGCAGCCCUUGGGUUACCCAAGGCGACAAGGUCUACGACAUUACCGACUGGGUUGCUGCACACCCCGGAGGUGAUGUCAUCCUCCGUGCCGCUGGAGGUAGCAUUGAUCCCUACUGGAACAUCUUCACCAUCCACAAGUCGCCCCACGUUUAUGAGAUCCUCCAACAGUACUUGAUUGGCUUUAUCGACUCGGACGACCUUGUUGACGGCAAGCCCGCUGCUCAGGAAAUAGAAGACCCCUUCAAGCACGAUCCUACCCGUGAUGAGAGACUCAUCACCCUCACUCCCAAGCCUCGCAAUGCAGAGACCCCCGUCGAAGGCCUGGCAGACAGCUACCUCACUCCCAAUGAACUCUUUUACGUGCGCAACCACAUGUGGGUUCCACAGGUUGAUGAUACUUCGGACUACACCCUCAAGAUUGAGCUCCUCGAUGGCACCAUCAAGGAGUACAGCCUCGAUGACCUUAAGACCAAGUUCAAACCUACUACUGUUGUGGCUGUUUUGCAGUGUUCUGGGAACCGCCGAAGCGACAUGACCCGUAACGCGAAGAAGACCAAUGGACUCCAGUGGAAUGUCGGCGCUAUCUCUUGUGCGGAAUGGCAGGGCGUGAAGCUCACCGACGUACUUGCUGAUGCCGGCAUUCCUAUACUCGAGGCCAUGACUGGAGACACGGAGGCCAAGCACGUUCAAUUCAUGGCCCUUGAAGCCUACGGUGCCUCGAUUCCCAUCGAGUCUGCUUUGGACCCGCGUGGUGAUGUUCUGUUGGCUUACUCGAUGAAUGGCAAGCCGCUGCCGCGAGACCACGGGUACCCUCUCCGUGCUCUUGUGCCAGGCCACGUCGCCGCUCGUUCCGUCAAGUGGUUGAGCCAGAUCACCAUUUCUGAUGAAGAAAGUCAUAGCCAAUGGCAACGCAAGGAUUACAAGUGCUUUGGCCCCAACGAGACGAGUCCCGACUGGGACCGCGCCGCACCGAUUCAGGAGAUGCCCAUCACAAGCGCCAUUACCACCGUCAGAUUAGGUGACUGGAAAGCAACAACAAACGAGUCAUCGGCAAACGAGGAUACCGGCAGCGUCCGCGAAGCGUCUCUCAUGGGCUAUGCGUAUUCUGGUGGCGGUCGCCGGAUCGUUCGUGUCGAUGUGAGCGUCGACAAUGGCAAGACCUGGGAUCAAGCCGAGUUACUUGACGAGCCUGGAACCCCUCCAAAAACCGGGCACAAGUCCUGGGCUUGGAAACGCUGGAGGUACGACGGCGCAAUCCCACUUGGUGAGCCAGGUGAAGGGACCAAGAAGUGCACCACCCUGCUCGUCAAGGCCACGGAUGAGGCGUACAACUCGCAACCCGAGAGCUACGCGGCAAUUUAUAAUCAGCGAGGAAACUUGGCCAACGCGUGGCACCGUUUGAAGGUUUGCUCUGAAUGUGCCAACAAGGCCGUGGUCGUGGCUAAGUAG